AGGUAUGAAAAAGGUAAAGAGCAGUUCAUUGGCGAAGCACACGGCCAAGUUGGUGGCGUGAAAAGAGCUGUGCAAUUUUAUCCUCGGCGAAAAAUCGGCUUGCGCGAGCGCUGAACCCGAAACCGCGGCCGCACUCAGCAAGAACGCCGAGCGUCUGCAUGGACUGAGGCGACACGGAGGCUGUUCGCUCGUCUUGCCGACCGGAGGACCCUCCGCAGGAUGACUGGUUGCAAGGUGUUUCUGUUUUUGGCGCCGCUGAUGGCGCUGGCUAACAGCGCUUCAUGCCCCACUGCAUUUCAGAGCAAAUGCUGGUGCGGUCGGACGGCGUACCAAGGACAAUCAGACAAGUACGUGGUCAACUGCACUAACCAGCUCUUCACAGACACCCACAUGCUGACGACCCUGCCACCGGAGACUGAGGUGCUGAUAUUCACGGGCAACCAUAUUCCGGAGCUGCCGUGGAACAUCUUUGGCAUCGAGGGAGAGAUGGACAAUUUGCGCGUGAUCGACAUGAGCAACAACCGCAUCCGCUCCAUCCGCGGCAAGACGUACCACCGCGCGUCCAAGGUGGAGCGACUCAUCCUGAACUUCAACGAAAUCUCGUUGACCGAGGAUAACGGCGACGGCGUCAACAACCACCCUCGGCUGCUGACAGGCUUCCCCAAUCUGCGCGAGCUGCACCUGACGGGGGCGUUCGCCGCACCGGACGGAAAAGCCCUACCGUUCGACCAGCUGUCCGCCCUGCGAGACAUCCUCGAGACGGCCAACCUGACGCAGCUGGUGAAGAUCCACCUGGAGCAAAAUCGGAUCUCCAUGAUGCCGCCGGAUAUGUUCUGCAAGCUGGAGAACCUGUUGGACCUACACCUGGGCGACAACUGGAUGAUCGACAGCUCGCUGCCCAAGGUGUCGUGCCUGUCGAAACUGCGCUUCAUCGAUCUGGGCCGUAACCGGCUGCGCGCCCUCAGCCCUCAAGUGACCAAAGACCUGGAUCGGCUGCCCACAAGGCACCAGGCGCUGAUCGUCGAGCUGGGUGGCAACCCGCUGUCGUGCGACGACUUCUGCGUCGGCGCUUUCGCGCACUGGCUCAGCGCCACCAACGUGACGGUGCGCAACAGAGAGACGCUGCGUUGCGUCGACCCCAAGCCGGUGGCGUGCAGCGAGAAGGCUCUCGGCGCUGGACUGCCCGAGGGUGGUCACAGCGCGGCCGCGUUGGUGCUGGCGGUGCUGUUGGUCGGGCUGAUCGUGACGCUCGGUGCUGCACUCUACAUGAACCGCAACUCGCUCACCUACAAGCUGAGUCCGCUGGUGGACACGGCGUCGCGAAAGGUGCGCUACACCAGCAUCGACAAGCCCGAGGAGAUGGAGAUGAAUGUGUGAUCGUUCACUGACUGACUAAGCCUAGCCAUUUUAUUGCAUAGUAAUUUUUCCGCGUUAGCUUCCCUAACUCCUUUAAAUAUAUAGUGUGUUCAAUUAAGUUUAAUUCACGUCGACUGUACACCCCUUGUCUUGUAACCUUCAUUGGCCAUUGUUGAUUUUAAUAAAACUUGUUUUGAUUAACUUAAAAA